UACGUUGAUUUCGUAAUAUAAAUUAUAAACUUGUUUUCAGUUUUCACCUAUAUAAUUUCAUAUCAUAAAAAACCUAGAAGCUGAAAACUAUACUGCAAUAUUGUUUGUACUUUGUUAUUAUUAUAAUGUUUGUAUGUUCAAUGAUCCUUAGUCCUUACUAACUAUAAAAUAUACUAUAAAGUAUAAAGGAGGCGAUACCAUUACAAAAUACAAACUAAAGUUACUUUUUAUUUUAAUUGAUUUUUUUUUGCCAAGCUUUGUAUUACUGUGAGUAAUAACUUAUCUUGUUGUAAAAUUCAGUCACUAAACUUGAAAAAUGAUGAACCAAUAUUUAAAAGAAUUAGAGGCCGAUCCAUUUGACCCAGAUGAGUUUGUAGAAAGGAUGGUUCGUCGGAGUAUGCAAGAAUCUCGAUUGAAGGAUGAUCAAUUUGAUCCAGAAAUGAUUCACGAUAUCUUCACACAGGCCAUUCAAGAUUUAAAGGUAUUGCAAGAAAGACAGGAAAGGAAGUGUAAAAAGUUGGAACAGGCUAUGCAAGACGAAGAAAAAACAUAUGCAGCGAAACUAUCUGAGAUUCUUGAACAGCACUCUCAUUGUGUCACUGUGUUCAGUUCAUUGGAUGAGAGAAUGUCAAGAUGUGGUGGUAGAGCUCUGGAUGUUGGUGAAAAGUUAGGAGCUGCUCGGGCUCCAAGAGCUAGAGCAGCUGCAGCAAGGGAUCUGUUGUCACAUCUUGCGAAUUUCCUGAACCCUGGACCCGUGCUUAAUGAUCUGUUUAGUGAUCCUAAUAAGCUUAACGAAGCUGCAGAUGUAAUACAAAAACUACACACAAUAGCCCAAGAACUUCCUUCUGAUCAAUUUGAAGUGGCAAAGAAGAAAAUUGAUGCAAAAUAUGAUGCAAUUGAGCGUGAUUUAAUUGAAGAGUUCGUGAAGGCGCAGAACCAAAACAAUAUAACAAAAAUGAAAGACAUUGCUAACAUUAUGACAAACUUUAAAGGGUAUUCACAAUGUGUUGAUGCAUAUAUUGAGACUAGUCAAAUGAAUACUCUAAUGGGUAAAGAUAUAUUCUCAUCGGUAUUAUCAAUCUGCAGAAAGAAUAACACUAUAAUAAGCAAUGUAUUCCCGAAUCCUGAUCAAGUCAUGAGCAAGUUUGUGUUGAAUAUAUUCCAUUUGAAACUGCAGAAGUAUAUUCAAACGAAGCUUGCUGACAAGAAUGACAUUGAAAAGUAUUUGAGGAACUUGUAUGAUAUGUACACAAGCACUCAACGAGUUUGUGAUGAAUUAGUGGCAGCUAACUUAGUGUCUGCGGACGGAAACAGUGCAACGGGUGAACUUCGGAGAGAAGCACUUAUCAACGGAGCAAUGGCGGGAACAGCUGAUGGUUAUGCUGCCUUGGAAGUGCGCAGGCUGAAGACUGUCCUGUCUAAUUCAUUGAACGCAUAUUAUAACGAGAAACAGCAUGUUAAGAAACAGAUUCAGGGUGGGGGUUUUCAAGAGCUCCGGCGCGAUUUACAAGCGGUGAUAGGGACAAGGGCCAAUAUAAACAUCGCACAGAUUGAGAACUACGGUGGGGAAACCUUCCUGAGCGAACAGCUGGUGCAGAAGAUGUUGAAUGAUGCCAAAGCUUCCUUUUUGCGGUGUAAGACUCUGUGCACGCCUAACGAUGUAUCUAGUACGGCUGUUGCGCUAUUGGAGACACUGAUCCAAUAUCUGGUGAUGGAACACGUGGACUACGCGUUGGACUUGGGUCUCCAGUCAAUCCCUAUAGGCGAGGGGAAGACACCGCCUCAGAUUCACUUCUUUGAUACUGUGAGUCAAGCGAACAAAAUAAUCAGAUUGUUUGGUGAACACUUCCAUGAGUCUGUACUGCCGUGCAUAAGCUCAACAAGCAAACAGACAGAGUGUAUAGAACGUAAGAACGCGUUGCUGGAACAGCUGGAGAACAAGCUGGACGCUGGGUUGGAGCGGGCCGUGUCUGCCGUAGUCGCCUGGGUCAAGAUGUAUCUGCAGACCGAACAGAAGAAGACUGACUUCCGCCCUGAAGGAGAUAUUGACACGCUGGCUUCAACCGCAUGCACUGCGGUGGUGUCUUAUCUAAAUUCCUUGAUGGACAAGAUUCACGCCAACUUGGAAGGAGACAACUUGAAUUCUGUCACAUUGGAGGUGGCGGUCCGACUGCAUCGUGUCAUUUACGAGCACCUGCAAAAUUUCCAGUUCAAUUCUGCUGGUGCAAUGAUAGCGAUAUGCGACGUGAGGGAGUACCGGUCGGCUGCGUGCGGGCGAGGUGUGCGAGCGGUCCCCGAGCCCGCGCCCGCACUGUUCGACGCGCUGCACGCACUGUGCAACCUGCUACUCGUGAAGCCCGAGAACCUGCGGCAGGUGUGCGAGGGAGAGACACUGGCGGAAUUGGAUCAAUCGAUACUCCAGAACUUCAUUCAACUGCGGGUAGACUACAAAAGUCACAAACUGUCCAGUUUCCUCAAAGGAUUUUCGUAACAUCCGAAUAUAAUUACCGCAAUACUCUUGUCGCAGGGGAGAGAAUUGCGGGCAUUGACCUUAGCUAUGACCGAUUUUAGUAUGCGCACACUUUGACCACUGUGCAAGCGAGACGGAAAUAUGCGAGUGAAAAGGACGUGUUGUAACGAAGGUCAGUGACCGAAAAUCAUUCUGCUCAGCGUAACAGUAGAAGGCUGUCUAUAGACGGAUAAGUGUGAAAUUAAAGAAACUGGGUAAAAUAAUGUAUAUAAUAUGACAAACGUUUUAUAAUUAAUAAGUUUUUAUAUCAUCUUAUGUAGAUCAUAUUAUUAAUUGUAAAAUUUGCAUUUUCUGACAGUUUCUACAGUCUGAAAGGCCAAAAGCAAAAAAGUGGAAGAAUUUGUCCUCACUGGAUGGAAUGUAGCAAAGGCUCUAUUUUUGAGCUUUAGAGUUGAAAAUACUUUUUUGUAUAAUGUUAUUGAAUGUACAGACGCUCCACUUUGAUGAUAUUUUUUUUUUCAAAUAAGUAUAUAAAUUCUUUACUAGACCAGUUACUUUCUUUUCACCCUUUUCUUAUCUUUAUGGUACUUUAAGUAUAGCAUAAUGUUAAGUUUAUAGUAAGUACAUUGUUACAAUAUAAUAUUUUAAAUUUUAUUUAUUAAAUCAAUUUAUAACAGA